AUGAAUGGGCCUUUUCUUCAGCAGCAGCAGCAGCAGCAGCAGCAGCAGCAGCAACAAGAAAUGGCACAUGCUAAUCAUCUUUUAUCGACAAAUAGAUUAGCUUACGUUGAAGCUUUAGUUGAUAUUACUGCAGUUGUAAUUGAGUAUAUUUGGUAUCCUACCAUACCAAAAGAGUCCCGAGUAUCGCCGGUCGUACCACUGCGGACUUUUAUCCAAGAAGUACUUAAAAGAUCUCGAACUACCUAUUCAACUUUACAAACAGCAUUAUUCUAUUUGUUUCGUGCUCGACCAAGUAUUAUUCAGCAUUUACAACAACAGCAAAGAAUAUGUGAUAAUAAAACAAAUUGGCAGCAUAAUGCAUAUAUCAGCUGUGGAAGACGGAUGUUUCUAGCUAGUCUGGUUGUAGCAUCUAAAUUUGUUCAAGACAAGACUUAUCGCAAUUCAGCUUGGGCAAAGAUUGCAGGUUUGUCUGUAACAGAGAUCAAUACAGCAGAACGUUAUUUAUUGAAUCUUUUAAAUUAUCGACUUUAUAUCGAUCAAGCAACCUUUGAUCGUUGGCAUUGUCUUUUACAUGUUCGUACACAAGCUAGGAUGCACAAUAUACCAACUUCUUUACGUGAUUUUUCCUUUCUAUCUUUUGCACCACUUUCAUACCCACCUUCACCCACUCAUUCUUAUAAUGAUCUAUCCUCCUCUUCUUCACUUUUGUCCACACCUCCUUUAUUAUCCCCAUCACCUUCUUCUUCAAUCUCUUCUAAUAUCGGUUCUCAAUGCUCACCUAUUUCAGUGCCUCCUGCCUUAUCUAUUUCACUUCCCAAUUCAAUUUCCUCUUCACCUGCUAAAACUCCUAUUCAAGUAUCACCCGUUCGUAUAAAACGAAAACAUGAUAGUAAAGAACACAUUACUUUAUCGGACAAAAAACAUUGUAGAUUCUGGCAGUAA